AUGAACUUCAAUCAAUCUCAGUUAUUUGAAUCUCCGCGCAAUAUAAUUGUCUUAGGAAACACAGGAAGUGCUGGAAGGGGUUUUGACUAUAUCUUUUUAAUCUGUGCUACAAAAACGGAAACAGAAGAAAAUGAUUCAUGUAAUAUAGUUUUCAAAAACCAUCGCAUAGUAAUUGAUGAUAAAUAUCCAGUGGAUGAGAUGAUAAACAAUUUCAAAACAUGGGGCGAAGAAAACGUAAAAAAGAGUAAGCUAGACGGCAAACCCAUUCCUAAAGUAUUAAUUUUAUAUGAUGAUGUUUCUAAAUUCUUAAAAAAUAAGAUGAAAGGAUUUGGGGAUAUCAGUAGACAUUUUAAUAUGUGGAAUAUGUUUUUGGUUCAUAGAACAACAUAUCUUGAUGCUGAUACUAGAGGAUCAUGUAGAGUUUGGAUUUUCUUAUCUACAACCGAUCAAAACAUAGAUUCAUUUGUAUCCAAGUAUGUCGAUAAUAAUAAUUUCGAUGAAUGUGUGUUAAUAUAUGAUACAACAGCACAUGGUAGUAAAAAUGAACAGAUUUCUUAUUUAAGAAAAUCUGACAUAAAAUUGAAUUAUAAUUCUGAUAUUGUUUUAAACAAAACAUCGGGAAUUGAUAAAGAAAUGGCUGCUAACUUUUUCUAUAAUCCUGAAGCCAUCGACACUACUGGAUUUAAUGAAGAAGAUUUUGCAAGAUGGAAAUUAUUUCUAGCACGCUUCAAAGCACUUAAUCUUAAAAUUAAACUAAAAGAUCUUCUUCAACGACCUGAUGAGAAAUCUUCGAUUCCAAUAGAACGGAAGACAUUAAUAGAACGCGAAAAACCAUUUGAUAGUCGGAUGAAUUUCAUAAGACCUAAUGUGAAUUUUCGAUUCCAGAAGAAGAAGCUUCAACUUCUAGUGAAGAAAAAAUAA